AUGAGAAAUUGUGAUAAUUUAAGAUGGAUACCGCUCGAUGAUUGUCGAUUCGAUCAGCCCGACCCUUUUCAACUGAGCCAAGGAGGGUCUGCACGGGUCGGGUGGGGCCAAAUCGUUGACCCGCUCAGUCCGGUCCCAUCCCGAUCCGCUUUAUAA